AUGACGGUGCCGAGGGUCCUUCUGUGUGUUGUUGCGGCUGUGUGCGUGCUGCUGGCGGCUGCCGGCGUGCCUGCGCGAGCGAUGUACGUGGGCAGGCCGGUCUCUGUGCUGUUCGAGGAGUUCAAGCAGACGUACCAGCGCGUGUACGCGACGCUGGACGAGGAGCAGCAGCGGCUGGCGAACUUCCAGCGUAACCUGGAGCUGAUGCGCGAGCACCAGGCGAACAACCCACACGCGCGGUUCGGGAUCACGAAGUUCUUUGACCUGUCGGAGGAAGAGUUCGCCACGCGCUACCUGAGCGGCGCCACGCACUUCGCAAAGGCGAAGAAGUUCGCAAGCCAGUACUACCGCAAGGUGGGCGCGGACCUGUCGACAGCGCCUGCUGCGGUGGACUGGCGUGAGAAGGGCGCCGUGACGCCGGUGAAGGACCAGGGGAUGUGCGGGUCAUGCUGGGCGUUCUCGGCGAUCGGCAACAUAGAGUCGAAGUGGUACCUUGCCACCCACUCGCUGAUCUCCUUGUCGGAGCAGGAGCUGGUGAGCUGCGAUGAUGUGGACGAGGGCUGCAACGGCGGCCUGAUGCUGCAGGCGUUUGACUGGCUGCUGAACAAUAGGAACGGAGCCGUGUACACGGGUGCUAGCUACCCCUACGUGUCCGGUAAUGGCAGUGUGCCCGAGUGCUCGGAGAGUAGUGACCUCGUUAUCGGUGCGUACAUCGAUGGCCAUGUGACGAUCGAGAGCAACGAAGAUACGAUGGCUGCGUGGCUUGCGGCGAACGGUCCCAUCGCUAUUGCGGUUGACGCCAGUGCCUUCAUGUCGUACACGGGGGGCGUCCUGACCUCGUGCGAUGGUAAACAGCUGAACCACGGUGUGCUGCUCGUUGGGUACAACAUGACUGGCGAGGUUCCGUACUGGCUGAUCAAGAACUCGUGGGGUGAGAACUGGGGCGAGAAGGGCUACGUGCGCGUGCGCAAGGGGACGAACGAGUGCCUGAUCCAGGAGUACCCCGUGUCCGCGCAGACGUCCGGCAGUACCACCCCUGGUCCGACCACGACGACGAAAGCCCCCAAGGGCUUGGUGGUGGUGCAGACGACGUGCACCGAUUAUUUCUGCAGAAAGGGGUGCAAGGAGGAGGUGUUCAAGACGAGCAAGUGCUACAAGAGUACGGGGGGCAAAUCCGUUACGAUGCAGUGCGGUAUGAGCGAGGUGCUCGUGCGCACCUAUCCGAGCAGCGAUUGCAGUGGCACCCAGCGAUAUGGUGUCAUAGGCGACGCCGUCUCUGUGAAGAUGUUUGGUGGCUUAGACAUGAGUGCCAACAUGCCUGUCUAA